AUGAAAGUCUUUGCCUUUGCAGUUUUAAGUACAAUACCAUAUGUUUCCUUAAAAAAAAUUAACACAUUUGAAUCAAAAAAGAACUUAAGUUUACUCAACUUAAAAAAUUACAAUCCAUUAAUAUACCCUAAAUUAACUAGUCUGUUAUCAAAGCGCUCACUAGCUUCAUCUGUAUGGUCUGUUAUUUUAAAAGACCAUAUUUCUUUAUAUAGUCUUAUUUUAGGAACUUCUGUUAAUACUGAAGAAAGAUGUAAAUCAUUUCUAAAAGAAUUAUGUAAAGAUGUCCUAAGAAAGCUUCCAGGAGGGAGUUUUAGUACUAGACUAUUAACAAUGUGUGGACCGAAUAAUAUACUUACUUAUUGUUAUGGCCUAAUGACUAAAAAGGGUGAUAUUGGAAAAUCUCUACUUGAAAAAUGUAAUGGUAUAAAAACAAAACUUGAAAAUUUUUUAAACAAAAAAUCAUCUGGGAAAAAAGACAACAAAAGAUUGGAAGUUGAAGACUGUGAAAAUUACCAAACAUUAUGUAACAUUUUUCAUGGAAUUUGUUAUGAUUUCAUUGACGAUUUAUGUUUUAAAUUUGCAGAAAGAUGUUAUACAAAAUUUCGUGAAAACUACAAAAAUAAUAUUUUAUUGAAAAUAGUAAAUACUAGUUUUGAAAAACAUCAGAAUUGUGUUGAAAAUAUUCUUAAAAAAUGUCAUUGUGUAACAUCUUUCGGUCCAGAAUUUACAGAAUCAUGUUUUUCAGUAAACGAAACAUGUCAAAAUUAUAUUAAAAAUGCUAAGCAAAUUUGUCCAUAUUUGAGCUCUUAUAUUGAAGAUGUCUUCUCAGGAAAGCCAUUGUAUAUAAUAGGUUAUAAAGAAUCAUUAUCAAGAAAUAAAUGUUCAUUACUUAGCGUAUGUAAUUACUAUUUAUCUCUCUGUGAUAAACAAACAGUAAAAAAUUAUUGCAAAAUUAUAGAAAAAGAAUGCUCUACAAAAAGUGAUUCUGAUAUGUACUUCAUAAAACAACUAGAAUUAGGUGAUUGCGAGUUAACAUUUAAAGGCAUAAAUCUGACUUUGUUUUUUUCUGGGGAGAAACUAGACGGUGUUUUAUCUCCUCAUAAAAUUCCAUUUCUUACUCCUCUUCUAAUUUAUAUAUCUUCCAUACAAGAAGCUAACUCUAGUUUAGAGAAGAAAUGUAAAAUGUUUCUUGAAAAUGGAUGUAUUUCUCAUAAGGGCCCAUUUCCUAAUCUUGAUAAAUAUUGUAAAGAUAACUAUACUGACGAAUGUAAUAAAAUGGAUGAUAGAGUAAAAGAAUCAUGCAAAAAUUUAAAUAAAACACUUUGGGAUUUAGGACUUACUUCACAAAAUUUUUGGCAUAUACUAUGGAAUGGCACAAACAAUAUAACUAUGCCUCAGUGCCAAGUAUUUACCGAAGGCUGUACUUAUUUUAAUCAUACUUGUAAUGGUAUUCAAGAAUUAUGCAAAAAUCUACAAACUUUAUGUUAUGGUCUAGGCAUAAAAAGAUAUAACUUAAAUGAUUUUUGGCAGAAACUCCAAGAAAAAUUACCAUCUGGUCAUUUUAAUAUUUUUAAUCAGCAAGAGUUAUCUGAUAGUUCUAACUUAUAUAGAUACAUUUCAGAACUAUGUGCUAACUAUGGAGAAGAUAAUGAAAUAUUAUUUAAAUGGUGUUUAUACCCCACACCCACCCAAAUAACUUCUAUUACUAACCUUUUUGAGAAAUUAAUUCACAAUUUUUUAUCAAGAUACAAUGAUUUAGAGAGAGACUUUAACUAUACUAUAGACGAGCAACCCUCUUUAGCGGAAUGUGCAUAUUAUGUUUCAGAAUGUAACGGUUUAUCUGGUCUUUUUAAAGAUCUUAGUCAUAACUGUACGACAUUAAAAAAUAUAUGUAUUAAAAGUAUUGGUGACGGAUUUGGAAAAUUUUAA